AUGUCGGCGGCCAAGGAGAACCCGUGCCGGAAGUUCCAGGCCAACAUCUUCAACAAGAGCAAGUGCCAGAACUGCUUCAAGCCCCGCGAGUCGCAUCUGCUCAACGACGAGGACCUGACGCAGGCAAAACCCAUUUAUGGUGGCUGGCUGCUCUUGGCUCCAGAUGGGACUGACUUUGACAAUCCAGUACAUCGGUCUCGGAAAUGGCAGCGGCGGUUCUUUAUCCUCUACGAGCACGGCCUUCUGCGCUACGCCCUGGAUGAGAUGCCCACAACCCUCCCUCAGGGCACCAUCAACAUGAACCAGUGCACAGACGUGGUGGACGGAGAGGGCCGGACAGGCCAGAAGUUCUCCCUGUGCAUUCUGACCCCUGAGAAGGAGCAUUUCAUCCGGGCAGAGACCAAGGAGAUCAUCAGCGGAUGGCUAGAGAUGCUCAUGGUCUAUCCCAGGACCAACAAGCAGAACCAGAAGAAGAAGCGGAAAGUGGAGCCUCCCACGCCACAGGAGCCAGGGCCAGCCAAGAUGGCUGUCACCAGCAGCAGCAGCAUCCCCAGCGCCGAGAAAGUCCCCACCACCAAGUCUACACUCUGGCAGGAAGAAAUGAGGGCCAAGGACCAGCCAGAGGAGAGCAACCUGAGGCCAGCUCAGAGUCCCAGCCAGAGCCAGGCUCCGGCUGCCAGCGCCCUGAGGGAACCUGGGCUGGAGGGUGAAGAUGAGGAGAGCGCCAUGAGCAGCGACCGCAUGGACUGUGGCCGCAAAGUCCGGGUGGAGAGUGGCUACUUUUCCCUGGAGAAGACCAAGCAGGACUUGAAGGCCGAGGAGCAUCCACUGCCCCAGCCGGUCUCCCCUCCCAGCCCCAGCACCCCCAACAACAGGUACAGUGGCCCUGGACCACCCUCCCAGGAGCUUGGUCAUCCCUUUCCUUCUCCAGGUUCUCAACCCUUGUGUCGAAUGGUCUGCAGCAGCUCCCUCGGCUCUCUGGAUGUGGCCAGCCAGCCUCCUGUUCAUGUGGACUCCAGCAGCCCGGGGGGGCGGGAAGCAGAGAGACUGGGGUGCACCUUUGCCUUUAAAGCCAGCAGGCAGUAUGCCGCCCUGGCCGACGUCCCUAAGGCCAUCAGGAUCAGCCACCGAGAAGCCUUCCAGGUGGAGAGGAGGCGGUUGGAGCGUAGGACUCGGGCCCGGAGCCCUGGCAGGGAAGAGGUGGCCCGUCUGUUUGGCUACGAGCGGAGGAGGUCUCAGGUCAUUGAGAAAUUUGAAGCCUUGGACAUUGAGAAGGCAGAGCACAUGGAGACCAACUUGUCAGCUGGGCACUCACCAUCAAGUGACACACGCCAAGGCCGUAGUGAGAAGAGGGCAUUCCCCAGGAAGCGGGACCUCCCCAAUGAAGCCCCCACAGCUCCUCUCCCGGACGCCUCAGCCUCCCCCCUGUCUCCACACCGAAGAGCCAAGUCACUGGACAGGAGGUCCAUGGAGUCCUCACUGACGCCUGACCUGCUGAAUUUCAAGAAAGGCUGGCUGACCAAACAGUACGAGGAUGGCCAGUGGAAGAAACACUGGUUUGUCCUUGCUGAUCAAAGCCUGAGAUACUACCGGGAUUCGGUGGCUGAAGAGGCGGCUGACUUGGAUGGGGAAAUUGACUUGUCCACGUGCCAUGAUGUCACUGAGUAUCCAGUCCAGAGGAAUUACGGCUUUCAGAUACAUACGAAGGAGGGCGAGUUCACCCUCUCGGCUAUGACGUCGGGAAUCCGGCGGAACUGGAUCCAGACCAUCAUGAAGCACGUCCAUCCGACCUCUGCCCCGGACGUGACGAGCUCCUUGCCGGAGGAGAGAAACCGCAUCAGCUCCUCCUUCGAGACCUGCCCAAGGCCAAGUGAGAAGCUGGAGGUGGAGCCCAGGGAGCCAGACCCUGAGCAGAAGAGGAGCCGAGCGCGCGAGCGCAGGCGGGAGGGGCGCUCCAAGACCUUCGACUGGGCUGAGUUCCGCCCCCUGCAGCAGGCCCUGGCUCAGGAGCGGGCAGAGCUGCCCCGCAGCCUCCCCGAGGCCGGGCCGGGGGAGCUGGAGCGGGAGCGGGCACGCAGGCGGGAAGAGCGCCGUAAGCGCUUCGGGAUGUUUGACACGGUGGACGGGCCAGCCGCUGAUGACACGUCCUUGCGGAUGGAGGUGGAUCGGAGCCCGGGGCUGCCUGUGACCCCCGACCUCAAGACACAGAAUGUCCAUGUGGAGAUCGAGCAGCGGUGGCAUCAGGUGGAGACCACCCCUCUCCGGGAAGAAAAGCAGGUGCCCAUUGCCCCUCUGCACCUGUCCUCUGAGGACAGAAGUGACCGGCUCUCCACUCAUGAACUGACCUCUCUGCUGGAGAAGGAGUUGGAGCAGAGCCAGAAGGAGGCCUCAGACCUUUUGGAGCAGAACCGGCACCUGCAGGACCAGCUGAGGGUGGCUCUGGGCCGGGAGCAGAGUGCCCGGGAGGGCUAUGUGCUGCAGGCCACAUGCGAGCGAGGGUUUGCGGCAAUGGAAGAAACGCACCAGAAGAAGAUUGAGGAUCUCCAGAGGCAGCACCAGCGAGAGCUGGAGAAGCUGCGAGAGGAAAAAGAUCGCCUCCUGGCUGAGGAGACUGCAGCCACCAUCUCAGCCAUCGAAGCCAUGAAGAAUGCCCACCGGGAGGAGAUGGAGCGUGAAUUGGAGAAGAGCCAGCGGUCUCAGAUCAGCAGCAUCAACUCGGACAUCGAGGCCCUGCGGCGGCAGUAUCUGGAGGAGCUGCAGUCGGUGCAGCGGGAGCUGGAGGUGCUGUCGGAGCAGUACUCACAGAAGUGCCUGGAGAACGCCCACCUGGCCCAGGCGUUGGAGGCCGAGCGGCAGGCCCUGCGGCAGUGCCAGCGCGAGAACCAGGAGCUCAAUGCCCAUAACCAGGAGCUGAACAACCGCCUGGCUGCGGAGAUCGCCCGGCUACGGACCCUGCUGACAGGGGACGCUGGUGGGGAGGCUGCUGGCUCACCUCUCACGCAGGGCAAGGAUGCCUAUGAGCUAGAGGUCUUACUGCGAGUCAAGGAGUCAGAAAUACAGUACCUAAAACAGGAGAUCAGCUCCCUCAAGGAUGAGCUGCAGACAGCACUGCGGGAUAAAAAGUACGCCAGUGACAAGUACAAGGACAUCUACACGGAGCUCAGCAUUGUGCGGGCAAAGGCUGACUGCGACAUCAGCAGGUUGAAAGAGCAGCUGAAGACAGCCACGGAAGCACUGGGCGACAAGUCCCCCGAGAGCACGCCUGUGGCAGGAUACGAUAUAAUGAAAUCUAAAAGCAACCCUGACUUCUUGAAAAAGGACAGAUCCUCUGUCAGUCGGCAACUCAGAAACAUCAGGUCCAAGAGUCUGAAGGAAGGCCUGACGGUGCAGGAACGCCUGAAGCUCUUUGAAUCCAGGGACUUGAAGAAAGACUGA